AUCCAGAAGGCAGGCGUUCAGUAUAUCAUCGACUCAGUGGUGCAGCAGUUGCUGCAGAACGAGACCCGAAAGUUCAUCUAUGUUGAGACGGCAUUCUUCUGGAAGUGGUGGCAAUUGCAGAAACCAGAACUUCAAGAAAAGGUUAAGACGUUGGUUAACAAUGGUCAAUUGGAGUUCAUAAACGGCGGGUGGUGUAUGAAUGAUGAGGCGGCCGCUCAUUACCAGUCCAUUGUAGACCAGAUGACUUGGGGUCACCGACGCCUUCAGGACACGUUCGGUGAGUGCGGUAUUCCUCGCAUCGGGUGGCAGAUCGACCCCUUCGGUCACAGCCGAGAACAGGCCUCACUCUUCGCUCAGAUGGCGUUCGACGCCGUCUUCUUUGCCCGCCUUGACUACGAGGACAAGACUCAUAGAGUGGCUGAGAAGAGGAUGGAGUUGUUAUGGCAGGGAAGCGAUGACUUGGGAAAGGCUUCAGAUAUAUUCACACACGCCAUGGAAAUGGGUUACGGUCCGCCCCCGGGUUUCAAUUGGGAUCUGGCCAAUGGUGGCGACGACCCAAUCAUCGACGAUCCCGAGUCAGAAGACUAUAAUGUGGACCAAUAUGUGGACAAGUUUAUCACUUAUGCCAAGAAGUACUCCAACUAUUACGCCACGAAUAACGUGUUGUUUCCAAUGGGAACCGACUUCAUGUACCAAGACGCCAACUCGUGGUUCAAAAAUAUGGACAAAUUGAUCACAUAUGUGAACGCCAGGAAACAAAAGGGAUCUAAUGUUAAUGUCUUUUACUCGACGCCCACCUGUUAUCUCAAUGGUGUACAUAAUUCAAACCAUACCUUCACCACAAAAUCGGACGACUUCUUCCCCUAUAAUUCAUUCGUUCACUCCUAUUGGACGGGAUAUUUCACGAGUCGACCGGCGCUCAAACGCUAUGAAAAGGUGGGCAAUAAUGCUCUUCAAGUGUGCAAACAAUUGGAUGUCUUGAGUCUCGGGAACGGCAAAAAUGAGGCAAAAGUGACGCCAUUGAGGGAAUGGAUGGGAGUUAUGCAACAUCACGACGCCGUCGCCGGUACUGAGAAACAACAUGUUUCCGAUAAUUAUGCCCUAAAACUGUAUAAGACUAUAGAGAAGUGUCAAUCAGUAGUCGAUGAGUCCCUGAAUAUAUUGAUUGGCGAUAAAAAUUUGAAUCAAUUGUUUUGCAAUCAACUGAAUGUCAGCGCCUGUGCUGUCACUGAAGGCACCGACAAUCUAGCGGUAACUCUAUAUAACCCGUUUGGACAUAGUGUCAAUCAUAUGGUGAGACUUCCCGUCACAUCCAAGGCAUACAAAGUGUUGGACCCGAAAGGAAAUGCUGUCAAAUCAGAUAUCGUUGCAAUUCCUGAAUCAGUUCUCAGUCUUAAGGAAAGAAAGAGUAAAGCAAAAGAUGAG